AUGGACCCGAAUCAGGAUGCUGCGCCUUCCACUGCCAAAUUGUACAUUUGGAUUUCCGUCCUUUCGCAAUGUGUAUCUCAACUGGACAAAUCGUGUGCAACACUGGUCGAAGCGACGUUGCACAUUGAUUGGGCUGUUCGGCCACGAAACUUUGUCGAUGUCUACAUUGAUUUUCUGGAGAAUCUCGUUUCGGCCCAUGCAUUCUAUGUCGUCCCCGUCUUGAAUAUGCUUGUAACCGGCAUGAAGUAUCGCAUGAGACUUCCAAACUAUGCCGUUGUCAGUCGAUCAACAGUGUAUGAACGCAAUCAUGAAGCACUUCGAUGCAUCCUGCAAUUGAUUCCUACUGCGGCCAGUUCACUGUUUGUCAGUAUUGUACGUCUCGUACCUCACAAACGAUUCAGUUCCGCCGAUCAUGCUGCGUACGUCAAGAACAUUCUCGAAAUUGCUGAAUAUGUCCCCAUGUUGAGACGCCAAUUGCUGGGUCUGGUCAUCGACCACAUGGUCCAAGUGGAUGCUCACAUUCAAAUCGAGUUGGACGAAAUGGACGAUGAGGUGGAAUUUGAUAUAUAUCAUAUGGAUUUUGACAAGGAUUAUGAAUCGGAUGCAAGUGAUGAUGAAUCGGACGAAGACGACGAGGAUGACGAUUCCAGUGUCAGUUCGGAUAUUGAAGACGACAGCGAGGAUGAUGAACGCGAUGAAAAGAAGGAAGAGCAAAUCCAAAAAGUGCAAUCCAUGGUCCGCAAACUGGACGCCAUGAUGCUUCUUACUUUCCGCUACUUUGCCAAGGUGGCCAUCAAUGGACCGUCGGACGUACGCAACGAAAUCUAUCAGACGUUGAUCGACAUUUUCGACCGGGUGAUUUUGAAAACACUCAAGUCGCGUUACACCCAGUUCCUCAUCUUCUACUUUUGCUCGUUGGAUGCCAAUGCUUACAGCGAUCAUUUCUUGGAACAUCUGUUGUUGCAUAUCACGGACAGUCUGCGACCGGGAAUCACGCGCAUUGCGGCGGCAGCGUACAUGUCGUCGUAUGUGGCGCGAGCCAAGUUCCUGGAACCGAGUACCAUUCAAAGAAUCGUGUUUGUGCUUUGCGGAUGGUGUGAAACAUACGUCGACACGUAUGAACAGACCGUGCAUCAUUUGGAUGCUUCCAAACACGAUGUUUUUUACGCGGUGAUGCAAGCCAUUAUGUACAUUUUCUGUUUCCGAUGGCGAGAACUGGUGAUCCAAGAUGAUGUGGAAGCGAUCAACGAAGAAGAAGGAGAAGAAGAGCCAUCGUCCAUGAUGAUGUUAUCUGCGGCGGGUGGAUUAUCGCGCAACUGGUGUCGUGGUCUUCACAACAUGCCUCGCUUGAUUGGCAGUCGAUUCAAUCCCUUGAAGGUGUGUUCGCCUGCGGUGGUGCGACAAUUUGCCAAGAUUGCGCACCAGAAUCAUUUCAUGUAUGUGUACCCUAUACUCGAAAAGAACAAGGAACUCUUGAUAUCCGGCGUGAAUGCAACCACGGGCAACAAUAUCACGGCCAAGAAUAUUCUGCAAACGGUGCAAACCUUUUUUCCCUUUGACCCUUACAAACUGGAAGGCAGCCAAUCGUUUAUCGACAAUAUUUAUUUCGAAUGGAUUGCCGAUGAUGACGACGACGAUGACAGCAGUGAUGAAGAAGACGAGGAAGACGAGGAUGACGAUGUAUCGGCCGGUAUGAUGGCCAUGAGUAUCAGUCCGAGUCCUACUCACUUUUUACAGUAA